AUGUUACAUUCGCACGCCGAUUAUCAAAAACUGGCCAAAUUUUACAGCACCGCGCGAACCCCAGUUUUGCCUGAACAAGUCAGUGAACCCCUUUUUUUUUUUUCCACCGCCCAUGUUGACAUGGCUAGCCGUCUGACGUCCCUCCUGUGCAAUGUGGGGAAUUUGCCGUGCGACCCUAACUGCUUAUCCACUCGGAAAUGCGAACAUGGAGGAAUCAAUUUGUGUGACCUCACAUCUAUCGGAAUGAACAGAAGAAAAUCUUUAAACGACUGUUUGACCACAAGUAACUCUGACGAUAGAUACAACUACCAAGACAGCUCCGACAUGAACAGAUAUUAUUUUGAUGGGUGCAUUAAGAAGGAAGGUUUUGUGUACAGACUCGAGACAAGUAAUCUCAAUCCGAGGAAUAUGUGUCCUGAAUUGGUACAUGACAGAGUAGACUAUCAUCGUAACGAGGAGGAAGAAGUCUCAAGUAAUGUUAUCGACCUAGAUGAUGAAGUUCUUAUUGGCAAUUUCCCCUUUGGUUGUUUGAGAGAAGUUGCACAGCGAUCCCUGAACAGCUUGGACAAUGGGAACUCCCGAGUUAUUAUCACGGAACGUAAUUUGAGGAUCACUAGGAAGGACACAGACCUAACGGGGCAUAACGUUAGAAUGGGGGGAAAACAAUCCAGCCAUUUGUACAGCGAAAUAGUCAAGCCGGAUGCGUUUGGGAGUGAGAACUCCGUGAACGAGGGGGAGGAGAGAGACGAAGCGGUAGGGAACGAAGAAGCUCGUGAGGGGGAACAGAACGACGCUGGGGGGGUAGACGCAGGGCAUGUAAUCUUUCCCAAAAAAUUUAACGCGAAAAACAGGGCGCAUGACUCGAUUGGCCAGAUGGACCGCGCGAAAAAAUCCACCUCUUAUGGAAAAAAGAAUAAAAGGAGUAAUAACCACCCCAAGAAGAAGAAGGAAAGUGAGGAGGGCCGGGGCAAAAAUUUGCGCUCCCUGUUCGGGUUCUUCGCCAGGGCGGAGUCCGCGGAGUCCAAUUCGUCUCUUUCCUGCAGGGGAAAGGUCUCCGACGCGUCCUCCGAGUUCCUGUCCGUGAUUAGCGGCGUCAAGUCGAACGCGUGA